AUGCAAAAAAUCGUAGGAGAAAGGCUUCCAAAGUUCAGCAAAAGUGAACUGGAGAUUGUGAAAAACUCUUUUGAUGUUCUUGGUCUCAACCACUACACUUCUUACUACAUAUAUGACGCACACCAGCCAAAGACAAAUGUGACUGGUUACGAACAUGAUUGGAAUGUUGGGUAUGCUUAUGAACGUAAUGGUGUGCCAAUCGGUCGUCAGGCUCACUCUCCAUGGAUUUAUGAAGUUCCAUCGGGCAUUUACAAAGUUGUCACAUAUGUUAAAGAGCGUUAUGGAAACCCCGAAAUAAUUCUCUCAGAAAAUGGAAUGGAUGACCCUGGCAAUGUUCCAUUUCCUGAAGCUUUGUUUGAUACAAAUAGAGUGAACUACUAUACAACCUACUUGAAGGAAUUGAAGAGAGCUAUGGAUGAUGGAGCCAAUGUCACUGGCUACUUUGCUUGGUCAAUGCUUGACAACUUUGAAUGGUUGUUAGGUUAUACCUCAAGAUUUGGCUUGAUUUAUGUUGAUUACAAUGAUCUCAAGAGAUACCCAAAGAUGUCAGCAUAUUGGUUCAGGCAGAUGCUUCAAAGAAAAAUAGCUUAG